AUGCCCUUCGAGCUUCCUCUCAUUUCACAUCGAAGCUUCACACUUCCGAUGACCGCUGCCAGCUACCUUGUGAAUGUCCUAAUCGUUAAUGUCGCAGGAUAUAACCGCCUUUUGAAACGUCUUGUCGAGAAUGAGCCAUCGACCCAUAUGAGUAACAACAUAUCGGCUAAAGGCAACCAUAUCCUAAGUUUGCCAUUAACACGUGUGACUUGA